GACGACGAAUGUCAACUUCGGGAAUACGUCCACUGAGCGCCAUGUCGCUCCUUGUUCUCUUCUCUUCCCAUCAUCACGACAUCUCACGCAAGGAGCAGCCGUGUUUCUGAACGAUGAGCGGGAAGGCGGGCGGCUGGUCAAUGCUCGGUCAGGUUGUCCUCGUGUUGAUUCAGCUGCGAUACGAAGGAACCCGCAUCUUCGUGCACCCUGCGUGCCCAAAGCGCGCACGAUGCGACGAACACGGCCCUCUGUCCUCUCUCCUGCGCUCCAGCCUCAGGCUGUUCACGCUGAAAUCUGCCGUCUCUAGGACCGGCACCAGCCAAGCACACAUUGUCAUCCUCAUCCAAUACAAGUGCGCUUCGCUUCCAUUGCGCGGGGUCACCCGCCUGCCAUGCGGGUACGACAGCCGCACUGAGCAUGCUUCGAAGCGAGCAGGAUCGAUAUGAAUAACAGCAGGCGCCGCGCGACCAAGCUCAGGCGCCCUCCUUCGGACCGCGCCUACAGAGUGGCCGCGAUCCCCAACAACAGCCGCGCAUCCGCUCCUGGGGUCCUACGCAAAGAAGACCUCGCUAUCCGUCGACGCGAAGCUGCACAAGUCUACAAGUGUAGCCCAAUUUCGCCUCGCAAGAAUACCC